AAGCGUGGCCCUGAAUGAAGAACUUACGUGUGGACGUAAAGAGGAUGUCACGUGACCAUUUUGCGUCGCUACGUUUCGCUUGGUGCUGUGGGUUUCCAGCUUCAACAACAGUUUAUCUCGUGUAUUUUGCCACUUUGAGCCACGUGUUUAUUCUCUGAACGGCCCAGCUGGUUUCAUUAGUCCCGGAGAAGACACAGACUCCAGGGCAGUUUAUUUACCUCAAGCUGUGGAGGACUUGUUUUCUGAUUAGUUACUUAACCCGGGUUAAAUUAGCAAGCCUCGCACAGCUUCGUGUUGACGCCGGAGUCCGGGUUGCUUCCUUUCCGGCAGUCUCAUCCAGCGGGUCUGCACACGUUAACGAUGGUUCUACUUAAAAACCUCCGUCCUCCCACCGAGGGAGUGCGGCACGAGCAAGCCGAGACCACGGCGGUGAUGGACGGCCAGAUGUUGGGCUGCGGCAAGCUGUACGUCGCCGAAACGCGUCUGUUGUGGUUCGAUAACUCUGGAAUGGGUUUUUCUCUGGAAUAUCCCACCAUCGGCCUGCACGCCAUCUCCAGAGAUGUCAGCGCGUACCCACAGGAACAUCUGUAUGUCAUGGUCAACGGCAAACUCGGCGAUGAGAACGAGUCAGAUAUGGCAGAGAAAGAAGCUGGCGACGACGACGACAGCAGUAGUAGCAGCAGCAGCGGUGGUGAUGAUGGUGAAGAAGGGCCGAUCACAGAGAUUCGGUUUGUGCCCAGUGACAAGACGGCAUUGGAGCUGAUGUUCACAGCGAUGUGUGAGUGCCAGGCUCUGCACCCCGACCCAGAGGAUGACGACUCCGACAACGACUUCGAAGGAGACGAGUAUGAUGUGGAGGAGGCUGAGGCAGAGCACGGUCACGCUGAUGUCCCAACUUUCUACACUUGUGAUGAAGGCCUGUCGGCACUCACGCAGGAGGGCCAGGCCACACUGGAGAGGCUGGAGGGCAUGUUGGCCCAGUCGGUGUCUCAGCAGUACCACAUGGCCGGGGUCAGAACGGAAGGAAGCAGCGCUGAGUUGGAAGAUGGUAUGGAGGUAGACGCUGCAGCGAUGGAGGCCGGUCAGUUUGAGGAUGCAGACGUCGAGCACUGGUAA